AUGGCGCUCGAAACUUGGCUGACGAGAGUGAGAAAAACCAUAUCCAACACCCUGGACACUGCAAAAUCUUCAAGACAUAAAUCCAACGUCGGAGUUUUAUCGUUCGAAAUCGCCGGCCUCAUGUCGAAGCUUCUCCAUCUAUGGAACUCGCUUUCAGACGACACCGUAAUUCGCCUCCGUAACGAAUCGAUAUCGCUAGAAGGAAUCGGCAUGAUCGUCUCCGACGACGAGUCAUUCUUGCUGGAUUUACAAAAGCUUAUCGAUCUGCAGCAAAAGCUCCUAUGGCAAAAACAAGAGGUUAAGUGUUUAAAAGAGAAUUCCUUAUGGAGCAAAAGCUUCGACAUGGUUGUUUCCAUGCUGGUCAGAUCAGUUUUCACUAUUCUCCAAAGGGUCAAGCUUGUUUUUGGCCUCGGCCAUGGCUAUUAUCCAUCGUCUUUGCCUCGAAGCCCUUCGGCUUCUGCAACCGUGUACCCCACCGUAAACCCGAACACAUACAACUUCGUAUCGGGACCAUUGAAAGGUGGUCGUAAAAUCAAUUUUUUCGAAUCGAAUUCAAAGCUCCUAAAGCCUCCUUCGAGUACAUUAGGCGCAUCGGCGUUAUCGUUGCAUUAUGCAAACUUAAUCAUCGUGUUAGAGAAGAUGAUGAAUACGCCACAGUUGGUCGGCAUCGAAGCAAGAGAUGAUCUUUACUCGAUGCUUCCGAGCAGUAUCCGGUCAUCGUUGAGGGCGAGGCUAAAAGGAGUCGGGUUCACGGCGAGUGAUCCGGUGCUUGCAGGCGAAUGGAGAGUGGCCCUAGGUAGGAUAUUGAGCUGGUUGUCGCCAUUGGCACACAACAUGAUCAAAUUGCAAAAUGAAAGGAGCUUGGAGCACCAGAAUUCGUUGCCCAGAACAAAUGUGCUGCUUUUGCACACACUUUUCUUUGCGAAUAUAGACAAGACUGAAGCUGCCAUUACCGAGUUGCUGGUGGGUUUGAAUUACAUUUGGAGAUUCGAAAGGGAAAUGACAGCCAAGGUGUUGUUCGAAUGCAGUUAA